UCAGGACUUCUCACGCGACAGAAGAGGGAGACAGGACGAAACCAAAGGGCAAACGAGAGAGCGAGACGGCGACAGUUUCCUGCUGACAGCAUCAAGACGCCGCGCCGAUUCCGUAAAAAUCGUGAUUUUCCCGUAGAUUUCCGAUGAGAAUGGAAAAUCAGGAAGAAAUAUUGCUCCUGCUGGAACGCUUCACGAAAUCGAAGCAAAAAGACAUCCCCCGGGAGCUCGAGGACUAUCUGAACUUUGUGGCCCGCACAGGCGACACGGUCUACCGCUGGGUGCUAGUGAAGCCGCUGUUCCGAGAAAAAUUGGUCAACGUCAUUACGGAUUUCCAUGACAACACGCCGAGUAUCGCAGAUCUUCCACCAUGUCCCAACGUCGACCCGUUCAACUACGAACGCAUGAAGCGGGCGCUUCUGGAGCGCUUGGAUUCCUUCAACUCGGCCCCCUUCACGGUGCAGCGUAUUUGCGAGCUGUUGACGGAACCGCGCAAACAGUACACACGGAUCGACAAGUUUAUGCGCGCGGUCGAGAAAAAUAUUCUGGUGGUCAGUACGCAAGAACCGGGACGAGGAAGAAGCGACAGCGAGAACGGAGAUUCGCUGGAUUCGAUUGUGAAUGGCGAUCUAGAGGUGAACGUGGAUAUCGAGAUGGACAAUGAGCAUUUCCAUCUGGAGGCGGACGCACUGCUGCCAGACUCGAGUGAUGCUGUGGGGGGUCUGCACAACGCAUUGGCUGAGGCAAGCCAUCAUCCUGCAUCUGACCGUGGGGACCACGAGCUAAACGGAACCGGAUCGUUCAUGACCGAGAACAAUCAGUUCAUCCGCAGUGAAACGGCUGCAGUCGGUACCGGUAUAUCGGAGAAUGCUCCGAUUAUUGGUAUCGCUGCCGUUGUCGAUACAAAUGAAAAUGCCACCGAUGGAGAUAUCGCCACUCCGUUGUUGGAAUCCGCUAACGACAGCUCCUCCGUUGACAAUGACAGUGAAGCAGAACAGCCCGAUACCGGAGCAACUGAGGAAGAACCAGUGAAGUCGGAUGAAGCACUACCGGAGGAGGCACUGACUGGUGCAAAGACGGAGGAAGAGGUUAGUGCCAAGUCCGCAACGAUGACGCAGGAAACCAUAGCAACACAAGAGGAAGAUGCAACCACGACCGAAGUGACUGAACAAAGCGAAGCUACAAAAACACCAUCAGAGGAGCCAGUUGCUGAGCAAGUAGUAGGCCACGCAAAGGAGGAAGCACAGGACAGCCCUGAGCAACCACUGCAACAAUUGACAGAAGAUCCUUCACCGACUAGCAAGGUAGAUACGGAGCGCGACGAACCGCACAGUGACGCACAACACGCACAGCAGAGUGAAGAUGGAGAACCGUGUGCCAAGAUUGGAAAAUACGAACUAGGUGAACAGGCUACAGAAGUAGUGGACGUUACGGUGAGCAGCAAUACAGCCAACUCGGAUACAACGGACUCGUCCGGUGGCAGUGGCGCUGAUGCACCAUCUUCGGAGUCAUCAUCAUCGCCCUCCUCAUCGUCCUCCUCGUCGAACGACGAAAGGUUUCCUAUUGCGAUCGCCAAACCUCAGCCAUCGGUCAAUGCAGGCGAAGUGAAAGAAUCUGAAACGCCCCAAGAGACGCAACCGCAGCACACGGAGCAGCAGCAGCAACAGGAACAGCCAUUGUCGGACAUACUAGCAACAACCAUUGAUCCUACCAGCAGUAGCAGCGCUAGCAACUCCGACCAAACUGCUGUCGAAGCAGCCAUUGCCGGCAAAGAGGCAGAAGAACAACAGCAGCAAUUGGCUGUGAAAAGUGAAGAAACGCAAGCUUCUACGGCGACGGAAACUAUUGUUUCCGCUGCGGUACCAAUUUUAGCACAACCGACGACAGCGACGGAGGUGGUAGGUACUGUGAUGGAGGCAACUGCGUCCGUCGCACCUUCUGAUGUUUCGCUUGUAACUACGCCGGCACCAGUGGCCGAUCAGACGGCGGGUGAAGACGAGAUGGAGCUUGCCGUAUCAUCGACUGCCGCUACCGCUGCCUCCCUUCCUAAUACUGAUAAUGUGAUGGAGGAGGAUGUGGUACCGGUAGCUGAGCUGGACGAUGGCACAAAGACGGAGGACAAUGUGAUGGACAUCGACGAGUCGAGUGUCGAACCAAUGGAUCAGUAACGUGUGCGACGACAUUCCGCGGCGCUCCCUUCUCCUUUCACCAUCCAUCAUCAAACUUACUCCAUUCGAGAGCGCCUUGCAAUGACGCUACGUCUGCUGCUGCUACUAUCCGUAUUAUCGGCUAAUAUUAUAAUGAAGAUAUUUUUUUUUCGAAAUGACAAAUAAAUUGCUCGAUAGAUAGUGUGGCAUUACCUGA